GGGAAUCCCCUGCUCGUCGGCCCCGCAGUCUCGCUCCGUCCUCCCGCGACCUCCUACCCCCAUCCGCCCAAGGAAGCGAGAUUGCUACUCCGGCCCCAAGUGAAGAUCCAUCCGGCCGUAGUUCCUUCUUUUGUUGUUGACAGCAAUGGAUAUAGAUGAUGUGAUCUGCAACUUGCGUGUUGUUGGCAUGCCAACCAAGAGUGCUAUAUACACAUGGGGAUAUAACCAGAGUGGCCAGACUGCACGCAAGGGCAAGGAGCGCCACCUGAGGAUCCCCAAGAGCCUACCUCCCAAACUAUUCACCUGUAGGGAUGGCGAGAACCUCAGAUGGAUUGAUAUUGCAUGUGGCCGUGCGCACACUGCUGCAGUAGUUUCUGACGGAUCACUCUUCACCUGGGGUGCAAAUGACUUUGGCCAGUUGGGAGAUGGGACAGAGGAGAGUGCAAAGGAACCUAAAAAGGUCAAUGCACUGGCGACUGAGUUUGUGAAAUCGGUGUCCUGUGGUGCACACUGUACAGCUGCUAUUGCUGAACCUCGAGAAAAUGAUGGCUCAAUAUCGAGAAGCAGGUUAUGGGUUUGGGGACAAAAUCAGGGCUCAGAUUACCCUCGCCUAUACUGGGGUGCUUUUGCACCAAACACGGUAAUUCGGCAGGUUUCUUGUGGAGCUGUUCAUGUGGUGGCCCUAUCGGAUGAUGGCCUGCUGCAAGCAUGGGGCUACAAUGAGUAUGGUCAGCUUGGCAGAGGUUGUACUUCUGAAGGAUUGCAGGGAGCUCGUGUAUUAAAUGCUUAUGCAAGGUUCCUUGAUGACACACCCGAGCUAGUGAAGAUUGUUAGAGUAUCAUGUGGAGAGUACCAUGCAGCAGCUAUAUCAGAAAACGGGGAGGUGUAUACAUGGGGACUUGGAAGCCUGGGGCAGCUUGGGCAUCGUUCACUUCAGUCUGGAGAUAAGGAGCUGAUCCCAAGGCGAGUUGUUGCCCUUGAAGGGAUAGUAACUAGGGAUGUGUCUUGUGGUGGGGUUCACUCUUGUGCUGUAACGGAAGGUGGAGCCCUCUACGGUUGGGGUGGAGGACAUGUGGGCCAACUGGGGCUUGGACCUCAGAACGGUUUCUUUUCAUGCGCUCUUAAUGGAUCCGACAUGCUACUUCGUAACAUUCCAGUCCUGGUCAUACCAUCAGGUGUCCGGCUUGUUACUUGUGGUCACUCGCACACACUUGUAUCUAUGAAAGAUGGACGUAUAUAUGGAUGGGGCUAUAAUAGUUAUGGUCAGGCAGCUAAUGAGAAAUCUACUUAUGCUUGGUACCCUUCUCCGGUUGAUUGGUGUGUUGGAGAGGUGAGAAGACUUGCUGCAGGUGGCGGGCAUUCAGCUGUGUUAACUGAUGCAUCGUCCUUAAAAGAACUAUGCGAGUUUAAGCUAGCAGAGACUGUAAAUAGGUCGAACGCUCGGCUAAUAGAAGAUGUUGCAUCACGAACCGGGGCUGAUGCAUUGGCACGCCUGUGUGAGAAAUUAAGGGAACAUUUGGUUGAGCAAGGAGACUCUGAACUUAUGGAAAUGCACAUGGUUGAAGAGAUCGAGGCCAAAGCCGGGUAGACUCGUAGUGAAUAGAUGUGGUCCUGGUUCCAUUUGCCAUACACAUUGAUUCAAGCAUUGGCGCUGUUGUAUUAUUUCACGGGAAGUAGCAAUUGUUUUCUGCUUGCCUGAAACCUCAUUGGUGGUCUCCCAAGUGUGUAACAAAGGAGUGGAGGCUCCGUGUAUCAUGAACUUCCAAGCCUAAACAUGUAUACGUUGGGAACUGCAUGAAACUAUACCUGCAAACUAGAAGGUCGGUAAAUUCGAUAAGCCGCACAACUUCGUGCUUUAUUGUUCAA